AUGGAACCGUCGGCCAUGGUGCCGGAGCCAAAGGAGCUCCUUGAUGAGGCUGCAGGACUGGCCGUCAUUACUGGUGGCCGCCUGCUUGGUGCAAGGUAUCCCGAGAAUAUGGAUGCGGUCUUUGAGAUCUUGAAUCGGCUCAGUACCAAAAGUGCUAGCAGCUACGACGAGGAGGCCAUGCUCAACAAGAUGGAGCGAGAUGAAGCAGGACGUCCCGCCGACCCCGAGGUGGUGAAGAAGGCCGUCUGCCAAGACGUUGUCGAGGAAGGUGAAAGGUUCAAGGUGACACGCGGAGUGCGCGCCUUCCUGCUCCUGGACGGCUUUCUGUUGUUGGCGGCUGGUGGAUCCAAUACACCCGAUGAGGUGAUUACUGUGAACCUCUCCUCCUUGCAGAUUGUCGAUAUAGCUGAGGAGGACUUGGCCUUCUUCGCUCAACUCCAUCGAGUGGACCUGAGCGACAACCAACUAGGUUACGAGCACCUUUUGGAGCAGAUCGCACGGAUUCCACGGCUGGGCACGCUGAAUCUGGCAUGCAACUCCAUCAGCAGCCUGCAGGUUGGCCAUGGCAUUCUGCAGUUUCUGGAGGUCUUGGACCUCUCCUUCAACGGACUGCAUGGAGACGUCUUAGGGCAGCUGGCCAGGCUUCCCAACUUGGUCUGGCUGAACCUGGCCUCGAAUUGCAUCUCUUCGCUGCCGCCGGAGGAAGAGCUCUCCGGCUUGCAGGUCUUGCAGGAGCUGAUCUUGGACUCCAAUGACCUGGUGCAAUUCAUGCAAUGGCGGUCGCUCGAUGCAGUACCACAGCUGCGGAAGUUGUCCUUGGUCUCCAAUCGCGUGAAGCGUCUCAAGGAGCCCGAUGAUGCGCCGGACACAGCCAGUGGCACCACCAUCUCGUACUUUCCGACCCUUGAAGAGUUGGACCUUUCCUACAACGAGAUCACAGGCGUCUCUAGCCUGCCUGUGAUCCAGUGGUUCCAAAGCUUGAAGGUCUUGCACCUCACAGAGAACCCAUGUAGCCGUAGCCCUGCGGACUUCUCCAACGUGGAAGUCGUGCGUGAGGAGAUAAAGCCCUUUUACAUGAAAGGGAACGGCGCCUUUGCCAAGUUGGAGAAGAUCCCAAAGCCCAAGCUGAAGAUGGAUGGUCGCAAGAUGCGUAAGGUCAGCAACAUGAAGCAGUUCGGAACCUUCAACCGACCUCGGAGCAUGAGUCAGCUGGGACAGCUGGAUGAAGAAACCAACGCACUGGUGGUAAAGCUAUCAGGCGACAUCAUGGAGAUGAACGUGCUAUCCUUGAGGGAGCUGCGGCCAUCGGUUGUUCGCUACAGCCCACAAAGCAUUCUCAGUGACGACCUCACUGAAGCAGAAUUGGAGCAGAUCUUCAAAGAUCGCAGGAAGACCAUCGAACAGAGGUUUGAAGAGCCGGUGGAGGAACCGAACUCCUUCAUGCGUGAGCCAGACGAUGCCUCCACCAAGGUGCACGGAGACCGUUGCGAGAGCAAGUUGCCGGCAAAGCGGAUCGACAUGCGGGAUGAAUCAGGGGGAUUGAUAGGACUAGACUGCGUGACUGAAUCUCUCAGGUUUUGA